UUUCUGUAAUCGAUAGUAGAUUUUACAAUGUUAAAUAUGCAACAUAUUAAUUACACUGUUUGCAGGAUGGAAAUGAAGUGAAUGUUCAGCACUAAUUUACCUACAGGCAGCUGAUCGUUCAUUCUCCAGAUACGUGAUUUGAGGAAAUCUGCAGCACAGACACUGAAGGACGACGCACACACUUGACUCUUCCUGAGUUUUACAGAGACACCUGCUGCGAUGUUCAACAUGAGAGUGAAGGGCAUCUUAGAGUAUGACCAGAUUGUAGAUUUAAAAAGUAUAUGCACAGACAGUGAGGGACAGUGUGAAGACAGCAUCCAAGCCACCGUUUCAGAUGAGCAGAUCCAAGGUGAAAGUAGCAGCAGAUCAGACCAAUCAAAAGACGGAGCGGAAAAACUUCAGUUUGGACAGUCUCAGAAAUAUGUGCCUCCAUCUGCAUUUUACAGAGAGCUGAGAUUUCAAGAAAGCAAACUAACUCUGAUUCAUGAAGGUCCUCCAAAACGAUACCGUCUACAGACAGAGAGAAACAUGCUUGAUGAAUAUGGGAAAGUCAGAAAAUGGACUUAUGGGAAAAAAGACACCAGUAAACCAAACAAAAUUGUUCUUCUGGUGGGAGAGACCGGCGUCGGCAAGACGACUCUCAUCAACAGCAUGGUCAACUACUUACUGGGAGUGAAGUUUGAAGAUGAAGAAUGGUAUGAAAUCACAGGAGAAGAAGAAGCCCGACACCAAUCAGAAUCACAAACCUCUGAAAUCACCAUGUAUGAGGUCUUUCAUGUAAAGAGUCCCAUAUCUCUCACCAUCAUUGAUACUCCAGGCUACGGAGACACUAGAGGACUGGACAAAGAUCCGGAAGUUGCUGAGAAUUUAGCCACUCUGUUUCAGAGCAAAGAUGGAGUUUGUGAAGUCGACGCUGUGUGUUUUGUGAUUCAGGCAUCUAAGAAUCGUCUCUCAGACAGACAGCAUUACAUUAUCAGUUCAGUUCUGUCUUUGUUUGGUAAAGACAUUGUGAACAACAUUGUGUUUUUAAUCACACACUCUGAUGGUCUGCCACCCAAAAACAUUCUUGGUGCCGUUAAUAAAGCUAAAAUCCCCUGCAAACGAGACAAAAGCGGGCAACCUGUUCAUUUCUUAUUCAACAACAGACAGACUGAAGGCCGUCACACUAAAAAACGUCACAUUCGCGCUCAAAGAGACGCCUGGGAAGACAGUGUGGAAGGCAUGAAGCAAUUCUUUCAGUCUCUGAAUGAAAUGAACAGAAGAAGUUUAAAGUUGACUUCAGAUGUCCGGAUGGAACGCAUUCAGUCUGAAGCAUACAUCUGCAACUUACAGCUGCGAGUUCAAGAGAUGGAGCUGAAAAUAGCUGAAAAACGUCAGAUUCAGGAGGCAAUGGUGCAAAACAAGGAAAAGAUUGAUGAGUGUAAAAACUUCACCAUUAGAGUCAAAAAGACUGUCAAAGAGAAGGUGCCCAUCGAGAGCAAGUCAUGGAAGAACAGGAAGGCCACGACCUGCACCAUCUGUGAGGAAAACUGUCAUGAGUUUGACUGCUGGUGGGGUUCAAAUCCCAGCAAAUGUGAAGUCAUGAAAGACGGCUACUGCACCAUGUGCACAGGGAACUGUCAUCAUAGCAAACAUGUCAAAGAAAACAAAAAAUAUGUCAUCAGAAUUGCAAACGUCAUGAUGGAGUUUGACUACAUAAUAAAGGAAUAUGAAAAAGCCCAAGAACAAACCAAGAGGUUUUCGUUUGUAAUGGAUAAUGUUGACAAAGAUCUGCAGGAUAUUGAGAACCAAAAGUCAAUUCUUCUGUUCAAUGCUUACAGGACCAUCAGGCACCUGUCUCAGAUCGCAUUAAAACCAGACUCUGCCUUCACUCUUCAGCAUCUCGACUUCUUCAUCCCCAGAAUGAGGGAGGCUGGGAAAGAAGACUGGGUGCGAGAGCUGGAAGAAAUGAGGAGAAAAGCUGUAGAUGAUGAUGCCAAUAAAGACGCUCUGAGUUAUCUGAAAGCUGGCCUGGCAAAACUGUAUUAAUUCAUUAACUUGAAUUAAUGAAAAUGAAGAAGACUGCAUACAGUGACAAAUCAAUGCUUGUAAAUUGCGACCUAAUGUUGUUUUUCUUCUCUGUUUUUAGUAGUCUCUCUCUCUCUCUCGCUCACGUGGUGCAUGCUGGGAGGUUGUGGGUGACAGUGGUGCUUGGCGGGAGUGAAGCUGUGAAAGUUUCACCUGGUUUUUUUUUCCUAUUUUUUAAUUUUUUUUUUUUUGUUUGUUUGUAUGUUUUGGUAUUAGUUAAUUUUUUUUGUGGAAAAGUGGGAGUCGUGUGAGAGAAGGAUGGGGUUCUCUCUGCGAACUAGUGCGGUUUGGUAAGAUUGCGAGUCCGUUCAGAGCGAUUUCUUUGGGGUGUAAGAACCCUGCAUUGAAGCAUGUCGUGUCUUUUAGGAGACAGGUUUCCAUGUUUUUAGAAUCACCAGAUCGUACACUUAAUGUUUCUUUUCGUAUAAAACAUGAAGGGGAGCAUAUAUGAUUUAUGCAACUACCGGAAGUUUACGCUGCUUUGUAUGCGGCGAUGUUGGCCAUAAACGGGAGAUGUGUCCGCAAAAAGAUCGCGAACAGGAUAACGUUGGCCCAGUGAAUGUGAUAGAGACGGAUGAUCAGGUUUCAUCCAUACAAACGGGUCAGGAGGAGAAUACAGGCCUCACGGAGGUAAGGCAGGCAGAGGUAAAUAUAGCUUUAAAUGUAGCAGUGAAUACCUCAGAGAUUCCGGUGAUAUCGGAAACACGUUCAAAUGCUGCUGCUGCUGCUGAUGAUGCGGUUAAGAGUAAAGCGCAUUUAGUUGUUGAACAGGACAAUAAAUGUGACGAGAAUGUGUUUCCAAGUACUAGUUCUGCUCAGUGUGGUGCAGAGAAGAGUCGAACAGACUCAGUGACAGCAGCAGAGGAUGGUCUGUCAGAUGAGUCUGCUUCUGUGCUGGAUAUGGACUCUUGCUCACAGUGUGGGUUUGAAGAGAACUCUCAAGAUCCCCAGAAGGAGCUCUCUCUAUAUACUUUAGAGGAAAUUGAUCAGUUUCUAGAUAAUACUUUUGGAAAGCAGGUUGAUGUGAAGGAAUUCUUUCCUGAUGUAGAAAAAUUCGUAAAAUCAGUUACUUUUCUUCAGAAGAAUGUGGGGGUCGAUCUCCUGAGCGAAAAGAAGCGGUUUCGUUUAAAGAAGCACGUAACUACAGUUAGAAAAGGAUCGGAAAAUGGAGAAAAAGAGAACGUUAAAAGUACUUUAGUUAUUGAUCUUUUCAUGCAUCACAUGGUGUCUUUUUCUUUAUUUCUGUUUUUUUCUGCCUGUCUGCUCUUUCUUCCAGUAUUUUUUUAUGGAAGUCUUGAGGGUUGGCUCACUUAACAUUAAUGGUGGAAGGGAUGGAUGUAAGCGUGCUCUUGUGCUUGAAACAAUAGAGCAAAAAAAACUAAAUGUUAUUUUCCUUCAAGAAACUCAUAGCGAUUAUGCUAAUGACCUAGAGUGGGGAUUAUGGUAGAAAGGCCAAUACAUACAG